CCUAGUCAUGCUAACGUAGCCAUAUGAUAAAGAAGCGUAAGAUGGGGCGCUGAACCAAUGAAUCGUCCCUCUCUCCCCUCGAGUCCGCCUCCUUUUCGUGGUGCGACGUCUAUCACACAUUCAUUUUGUCUGUGCCGUGCGGGCGUCUGAAGUACGCGCAAGCAUUCUUCUUCGUGGUAUCAAUGCUCGUGCUCGUGCCUCCUUUUGUCUUGUGUUGGCUAUGUUUGGGUUUACCAUAAGAUGGCAGCAACACCAACAACAACCGCCAAUGCCGCCGUCGCGUCCAUAGUAUCAACACCAUUCGCUUUUUGUGCGCUGUUUGCGCUGAUCUGGGAUUGGCCGCUCGUUGUGCCAUUUGUGCUCACUGUUGAAUUGUGGGCGGUCGAGUUCGACCAUGAGGUGCUGCUGGAAUUAGACGCUGCGACAAUUGCUGCGGUGGAUGACGGAGAGGAAGAGGAAGAUGAGAUCGUCGCAUUGGAGGCGGAGUGGGAUUCGCCGGCGUGCGCGGCCACAAGUGCGGCGAGCGCAAGGAAGAUGAGGGCGAAGAGGGUCGUGAAGGGUAUUGAUGCGCGCAUGGUUUUGGCGUGUUGGUAUCAAGGUAUAUGCGUCCUUUAAAGCGGUUUGAGAGAGCGUGUGUGCUUGCGACGCGGAUGUAUGCUGGUCGCGACCUGGGGUAGUUGAAGGAGAGAGACCGUGCGGUGGUGUGCGGUGAAUGCGGGGCGUGUUUCGCGACGGUGCGACGAUUGUCUUGGCGCUGCUGACACACGUACGGUACUUGGGUAACGUAGGAGCGGGUGUUCACUUUUUGAGUUUGCAAGGAGCGUGUUUGAAUUGCAGGGCCGUUGAGUGGAGGGCGAUUCUUUUUAGAGUUUUUG